AUGCCUCCCUCAACGGUAUUCCCAGUCCUUGGUGUCGUAGUGGAGAUUCUGCAAGAUGAGCUCUGUGAAGCUCAAAUCGUACUGGUUUAUUUGGCUGUUCAUAAGCUCGACGCACUCGAUUACCUCGUGCAGCCACCCUAUGGAACGAAGAUGGUAUCAGAAAGAGUACUCGUCGUACUUGAGCAACAUCUGGAAGCCUGUCUCGAAGUCUCCUCGAAGCAACUCCAACCAAGGGGAGACAACUUUCGCAAAAAUUGCUUUUGCAGACUUGCCACGAUACUAGGCGGAAACACCCACAAUGUCUUCCCAGGAUGCAUCAUCGAUGUAGAGUUUCUUGCCUUUGAAGAGCGCCUUGUUGUUUUUGUGCUCGAGAAUGUAAGGUAUCCCUUACUCCGUAACAAGCACACUACCGAUAGGAACAUACUCUUGGCAGUAACGUCAGUCUAUUAGAUUCGCACGGUCUAUCAGAUUCGCACGGUCUAUCAGAUUCGCACGGUCUAUCAGAUUCGCACGGUCUAUCAGAUUCGCACGGUCUAUCAGAUUCGUACUUAUCAGAUAGAAAUAUCAUCCGCAAGUAG